AUAGUCAAGAGAUGGGUUUCACUUGUGCACAAGGGGUACUCACCUUAUUGGUAUUAACUGCGUCCAUGUUAUCAGUUGGUACGGCAAGCAGACCCAUUGCAGGCAGGCCUGCAAACUAUUGGAAUUUCGGCUUCAACCACAGCUUUUGGGGUCCCAGAAAUGGUCAUCCAUUUCACCCCAAUAAUAAUAACACCCGACCUCCCAAGAAGUUCAUCGUGGGUGGAUCAGACCACUGGCGCUAUGGCUUUAACUACACUGAAUGGGCUCUCAAUAAUGGCCCCUUCUACGUUAAUGAUACUUUAGUGUUCAAGUAUGAUCCUCCAAGCAAGACAACAUUUCCUCACAGUGUGUACUUGCUGCCAAAUCUUCGGAGCUUCUUGACAUGCGACCUCAGCAGGGCGGAGCAGGUGGCUACGGUGGCUCAAGGAGGCGGUGAGGGUUUCGAGUUUGUGCUGAAGAACUGGUGGCCUCACUACUUUGCCUGCGGGGAACAUGAUGGGGUGCAUUGCAAAGAGGGGAUGAUGAAGUUCUUUGUGAUGCUGCUGCCUGGUCCUUACCAUGGCUGAUCAAUGGAGAAAUGGCUAAGGAAGAAGAAGAUGCAGUGCUUCAGUG